CAGGGCGGUAUAAGGAAGUAGGCGAGGAAGGGCGUCACGUGGGUGAAGCAUGGGAGCCACUGGGAAAAUCAACCGGCCCCGGACGGUAAUUGAUCUUUUCUCUCCCCUCCCGCAUCUUGUUCCGGGCUUUUGUUUUGUUCCGUUUCAUGGCUCUUAUUUUUUGAUGUUUUUCCCAAUGGGGCUAAUAAUGUCUAGCAUUAGUCUAGAGGAGGGAUGGAGAGCCCGCGGCCUCUCCGAUGUUGUUGGACGCCACCUCCCGUCAGCACCAGCUAGUAUGGCUAGCGAUUGGCGAUUGUGGGAGUUAUAGUUCAGCGGGGGUUUGGAGGGCCACAGGCUCCCCUAUCUCUGGUUUGUUUGUUUAUCACAAUCGCAUCCCAUUAAAUUUUUAUUAUUAUUAUUAUUUUACUCCAAGGAGCUUAAGGUGCUUAUACGUGAUUCCUUUCCUCACAACCUCCCUGUGAGGUAGAUUAGGCUGAGAGACUGACUGGCCCCAGUGAGUUUCAUGGCAGAGUAGGGGUUUGAACCCUGGUCUUCCAGGCCCUCCCUUUAAAAAAGCAGCAUAUGAAAUGGGAAGGGUCGUAAGGUGGUAGACUGAGCUGCAUUUGGUGCGUGAUGUCUUUUUUGAAAGCUUGCCUUGUUUCAGAUUUCCUGCCUUUUGAAAACUAAUGCACAGGGGAGAUAAACUGAAUGCUGUCGUUCUUCCUUGUGUGCUAGCUUUUUACUUGUGAGGAUGGUUGUUGAAGCUCAAACGUCAGUCUCAAGUAUUGUAGUAUAAUCUAUUAUACUGCAUUUAAUAGGUUAUUGUAUUUUAGUGUUUUGUUGGAAGCCGCCCAGGGUGGCUGGGGAAACCCAGCCAGAUGGGCAGGGUAUAAAUAAUAUAUUAUUAUUAUUAUUAUUAUUAUUCUCCCCUUUUGUUCUGCUGCCCUGUGUGGAUCCAACAUUGAAUUGUGGUCAUAGGUUGGUGUGGAUGUCCUAUUCUUGAAUGCUUCUCUGGUAAGAAAAAAACACCCUGCUUGUAGGACUAAAUACAGUGCUACCUCAGGUUAAGUACUUAAUUCGUUCUGGAGGUCCGUUCUUAACCUGAAACUGUUCUUAACCUGAAGCACCACUUUAGCUAAUGGGGCCUCCUGCUGCCGCCACGUCACCGGAGCAUGAUUUCUGUUCUCAUCCUGAAGCAAAGUUCUUAACAUGGAGCACUAUUUCUGGGUUAGGAGAGUCUGUAACCUGAAGCGUAUGUAACCUGAGGUACCACUGUACAUUAAAAACAGUUAAAAACAGAAACAGCAUACAGCUAAAAUUGGACCGGCAACUAAAGAUCAGGCAAAUUCAUGGAGGCCAAGUGGCUACUAGGAUGUUGUUGAGAUGGUGACUUGUGUGUCUCAAAGUGGCUUCUCUCUAUUUUAGGAGCUACAGAAAAACCUUUUCAAAAGGCGCCGUGUCCUUAGCAAGCAGAAGAGGAAGAAGCACCGGAUUGUAGGUGCUGUGGUGGAUGAGGGGCUCAUCACCAUUCAUCACCUAAAGAAACGUUGGUGAGUUAUGCUUUGCCUUGGAAGCUCUGGGAGAGUUCACCCACUGAGAAACCAAAGAAGAAAUCAGAGUCUGGUCAUUAGGAUAAUUUGGAGGAAGGCAGUGCCCAGUCCUGCUCCCAGCCUUGAGAUGGGCAUGGGGACUGGAAUCUAGAGAAGUGGGGAGAGUGUGAGCUGGAUUGCUUGGCUUUUUUCUGUCAUACUUGCAAGAAAAGUGGAAAGGAUUCCCUUUCCCGCCCCGACCUGGCCACAGUGAUCUAUGCGACGGUCACCUCCAGGCUUGACUACUGUAAUUCGCUCUACGUGGGGCUGCCCUUGAAGCUGUCCCAGAAACUCCAGCGGGUGCAGAAUGCUGCAGCGAGGCUCCUCACAGGGUCUCUGCCAUGGGAGCAUAUUCACCCAGUGCUUUACCAGUUGCACUGGAUCCUGGUGGAGUACAGGGUCAGAUUUAAGGUGCUGGUUUUGGCCUUUAAAGCCCUUCACGGCCUGGGACCCUCGUACCUACGGGACCGCCUCUCCCGGUAUGCCCCACGGAGAGCCUCAAGGUCCAUAAAUAGCAACACCCUAGAAAUCCCAGGCCCUAAGGAAGUUAGAUUCAACCAGAGCCAGGGCCUUUUCAACACUGGCUCCGGCCUGGUAGAAUGCUCUGCCUCAUGAGACCGGGGCCCUGCAGGAUCUGAUUUCUUUCCACAGGGCCUGUAAGACAGAGUUCUUCUGCUUGGCCUUUGGCUUGGAGCCAAUUUGAUUCCCUCCCCCUCUUUCUUUUUUCUUUUCCUUUCUCCUCCUGUGAUGAGGCUGCAUUUUAAUAUUUUAAUGUUUCAAUAUUUUAAUGUUGUAUUUUAAUCUUGUUUUUAAGUUGUAUUCAUUCAACUUGUUUUUAUUAUUGCUUGUUAGUCGCCCUGAGCCCGGCCUUGGCUGGGGAGGGCGGGGUAUAGAUAAAAAUUAUAUUAUUAUUAUUACUACUAUUUGGCUGGGGGUCACAUCUGUGCCGUGCAUUUUAAAACACAUUGCAAUCCAGCAAUGUGUGGUUUUAAAACCCAAACUUCUCCUCUUUGCGCAUCACCACCUCCCUGCCAUUUCCCUCUCCAGUUCUAGCUCCCGAGCAAACAUUACCCUCUCUGGGAAAAAGAAAAGGAAACUGCUGAAGCAAAUCCGCCAUUCCACAAAGGAGAAGACAGAAAUGCAGGGUAAGCAUUUUUUAGGGCCAGACCUUCAGUUCUCCCCCACCUCCUACCCUUGUCCCUUAAGCAGGGAAGCCUUAAAUCAGUAUUUUAAAUACUGAAACGCUUAGGUGCCAUGGACCAUUUUAUGCAUUCAGCAGAUGUAAUGGGUGGGACUUUUCUUGGAUUUUGCCACUUUAGGUUCUGGAAGGGGUACUUGCAUAUUUGAAUGACCCUGUCCCUGUAUAGUAGAAAAAGAUUAAGCUGAGUCCACUUUCUGGGCAUGCUGGUUUUCUGCAUGCAGGAAUUACUAUGUUUUGUUUCCAGGGGGUGAGGGUAAGGCAGAUGGGAGCCCCACUUACACUCUGAAGUGGUGCUAUCAAAGAAGAGCUUUAGUCAGUAUUUGGUUUUGUGGAAUGUGUAAAAUUGGUUCUCUGCUACAGCCUGAUUAGUUAUGAAUAUAUGAAGCCUCCUUUUAACAGGGAUCUCAUUGCCCCCCAACUCCCAUCAGUUCUAGAUAUCAUGGCCCAAAACAUCAGGGGUGAUGGGAGUUGGAGACUAGCGACAUCCAGAGUGCCACAGACUUUGCACCCCAGUCCUUAACACAGGUCCCAGCCAAUCUGGGAUUACAUAUGAAAGGCACCGACAGAGGUGUAAAAUAGGAAUGGGGUUCCAAUCCCCAUCAGCCCCAACAAGUAUGGCCAACAGUCAUGGGUGAUUGGAGUGGCAGUCCAGUAACAACUAGAAGGCCACAGUUCCUCCACUCCUACCUUUGUUGAUGCAGAGAGCAGGCAAUUUUGCUGCUCAAAUGAGGGACUGCUCAAAGGAGUACCUUGUUCUCACAGGUGUACUUAGCUUUUAGUGUUGCAGUUCCAGCCCUCUGGAUACAAAUGAUUGGCUGAAAUCAGGGGGGUGCUUGAUGUCAUGUUUUUGGUGUACCCAUUGAAGACAUGUUUUGUUCAAGGACACUUCCCUUGAUAGGUGUUACAGUCAUGUAUGAAAAUUGAUUGUCUGUUUAUGGAUAGUUUUAUUGUUUUUAGAAAUUACAGCUUUUAGAAACGGGUUUGUGUUUUAUCCCAUUUUUAAAUUGCUUUCAUGGCAGUUGCUGUACCACUGAGCUACUGUUUUUAAAGUUCCUUUUCUCUCUCUGUAUUGCAGUUGGCCUUUCUCCAGGUCCAAAUAAAAAUGCCCAGAGUGGCAAGCGGCAGAAGAAGAAGAAGAAUGGGGGGGAAACAGCUGGCCCAGAUGUAGAGAUGGCAGAAGUGGCAGAAGUGGAGCCUGCAGCAGAACCAAGGAGCUCAGAUCUUCCUUUGCAGUCUUAAAGCUCAGUCUCUUCACUCUCUUUCGUUGCCUGCUGGCAGAACUCUGGGGUUAGCAGCAAAGGCCAUCCAUGGCUGCAGAACCAGGAAAGUCAUAAGGAUUGGGCUUGGAAGCUCUUUAACCCCAUGGACUUUGAUAUGGCUAGAUUGCCAUUAAAAACACACAUAGUCUUGAGAGGUUUGCUGGACAGGCUGCAACUGUCUAGUUCCUUUGGAUCUCCAGAUAUUGCUGAACUACAGCUCCCAUCAUCCCCUGGCCUUUGGCCAUCUAGAUGGGGGCUGAUGGGAGUUGAUGUCCAACAACUUCUAGAGGGGCCCAAAUUCCCCAUCCCUAAACUAAAAGUAAGGGUGAGGAACAUUUUUCUCUCUCUGAGGAUUGCAUGUUCAUGUUCAUGUCAAAACAAAAGUGAGUUGGUGAAAUGCAUACCAUGGAUACUGUGCACACAUGCAGACUUUCACUCUUCUUCUGUCAUCCCCCCCCCCCAAGCUAUGGGGCUUGUUGGGGGUAAACAUUUUGGGGAGUGUGUGCACUUAAUGGAGACUGCAGCUGAGGAGGGACAUUUUCUGCUCAAAGAUCUCUCACCCUCCAGUGCAAUAACUGGAAAGGCUGGAAAGCAGUCUUCGUUUGGCACCAAUAUAGAAGGCUUUUUGCCCAAGCCUAAUUCGGGGGUACAAUUUUUGGCAGAUGUUCCAGGGUUGAAAUAUUGUCCCAAUAAAAUAGCAGAAAACCA